AUGUCCACCGCCAAGCCGGGGCGCGAUAUCCCGACGGUGGCUUUACGCCACAAACAGAAGUUUGCCGACGCCAUGAAGGACCGACCCGCGAGCUGGCAUCAGGGGCUCAGGAGAUCGGCAGUGCAGAAAGUACCGCAGCCGCAACACUUUGAAUUCCAGAGGCUGCAGAAGGGAGGCUCGCCCAAGAUGAUGUUCACUCCGCUCAUUCUUCUUAGCGCCGGCCUACUCGGCGCUCUCGCGGCGCCCUCGCAGCUGCUGCCGAAGCCCCGCGCCAACACCAGAGAAUAUGAUAUCGUCAUGGUUCCUGACGCAGACAUAGCUUCCGUGCUUGGCAUCCUCAACCUGAACUUGCACGUGGAGGACGUUCUUGCCACGUACAACAACACGCUGUUCAAGGGCUUCUCCGGCACCAUGACGGCCGAGGAGGCUACCAUCUUGGGCGCCAUGCCGCACGUCUUGGCCAUAGACGAGGUCAUCGAGGCCAACAUUGCCGAGUCCCGCGACAAUGCUCCCUGGGGUCUGCAGCGCAUCUCGCAGAAGGAGACCAUCCACACUUCCACGUAUCCGCUUGCUCGAGAGUUCGAGUACCGGUACGACUCCUCCUCCUCCCUCGGCCGCGGCGUCGACGUCUACGUCCUCGACACGGGCAUCUUCACCUCGCACUCCGAGUUCGGCGGCCGCGCAUCCAUGGGCUACACGUACUGGAAAGGCAACAACACUGACGGCCACGGCCACGGCACCCACUGCGCGGGCACCAUCGCCGGCGCCACCGUCGGCGUCGCCAGCAACGCGAACCUCAUCGGCAUCAAAGUGCUCUCCGACGCCGGCCCGGGCCCGUCGACCGCCCUCCUCGCCGGCCUCAACUACAUCGCCACCCAGCACGACUCGCGCUCCGCCGACGCCGACUUCGUCGCCUCCGUCAUGUCCAUGUCCUUUGGCUUCGAGGAGCGCUCCUCCGCCAUCGAGACCGCCAUCCAGAAACUCGUCCAAGCCGGCGUCCAUGCCGCCAUCGCCGCCGGCAACUCCGCCACAAACGCCUGCACCGUCACGCCCGCCGCGCUCGGCGGCUCCGGCUCAUCCACGCCCGUCCUCACCGUCGCCGCCGCCACCUUCGACGACCGCGUCGCCGACUUCUCCAACACCGGCCCCUGCGUCGACGUCUUCGCCCCCGGCGUCUGGGUCGCGUCCGCCGGCAUCGGCGCAACGGACGAGUACACGGUCAAGUCGGGCACCAGCAUGGCGACGCCGCAUGUGGCGGGGCUGGUGGCGGCGAGGGCGGCGGAUGUGGAUGUGGGGAGUAGUAGUGGUGCGCCGGGGGAGGUGAAGAGGUGGGUUGUUGAGGGGGCGGUGAGGGGCGUGUUGGUGGGGAGGGGUGGGGAGGUGGCGAGCGAGGAAGAGGAGAGCGGGGAGGGGAUGGUGUUGGCGUAUAAUGGGGUGGGGAGUGUGGGGGAGCCGGAGGGGGAGAGGAAGUCGUUGUUCGGGUAG